AUGUCCUCAAAUGUUGUUGUAUUGCUUGGUGGGGGUAAAAAACAACAAGUGAAGACGACCCCGAUGAUGCCUUUAAAACAGAUCGUUAAAACUGUAUGUGAGAAACAAGGCUAUGAUACGAAUAUUUACGGGCUAAAGCUCGACAAAAAUGUCCUCGAUCUUUCACUUACUGUUCGAUAUGCAAAUCUUGCUCCUGGCGCAAAAUUAGAAUUAGUUCGAGUUGGCGCGUCAAAAGUUUUGAGCGAAAUUACUAUUGCACUUCAAAUGGAAGAUGGCUCUCGAACAAUUCACAAGUUUCCUGUUACUAUGUCACUAUGGGAAAUACUGAUCUAUUUUGAGAGUAACUCUCAAGACGGAUCUUUGAAUCUCACUAAACGAGUUGCUCCUGCGCCUGCUCCGUCAACAUCAAACAAAAAGGGGGUCUUUAAGAAAUUUUCCAAAAAAAAUAACACUGAUGUUCCCCUUCCCCUCUUUUAUCAACAACCAGUUUGCUUGCUAUUAAAUCAAGAGUACGCGACAAAUGCAGUACUUCAAUCAACUACGCUUCAAUCUGCCGGAAUAACUACAGGGAAUGCUGUAUUGCGCGUCGCGUUUAGACAUACCAAUCUAAGUCUAGAAGAAGCAUUGACAGCUACUGAAACAGUGAAAACACAGGAAAUAUUACCUACUUCUGCUGCUGCUACCGCUGUUAAUACUACCACUUCUGACACCAUCCCUACUGAUACUACCACUACUACCACUUCUGACAAUGUCACUGCUGAUACUACCAUUACUAACUCCACCAUUACUGAAACAUCAAUACCUUCAGCAUCCGAAGAAGCAUCAAAACUUACAAAUACGAAUCUUGGGAAGGAAGUAAUUGCAAAAGUUUCGGAUCCAGAUGAACCUAUGGAAUUGGAUAAUCCGCAAAUAGCGGAACCUCAAACAUUGGCAGAUACCGAAACAACAAUUGCUACCACUGAUAUUGCUGAAAAUAUUACUGUUGAUAAUAUUACUGCUAAUACUACCAUUGCUGACACAUCAAUACCUUCAGAAUCUGAGGAAAUAUCGAAACUUACAAAUACGAGUUUUAGGAAGGAAGUAAUGGCAGAUAAUAAAGCUUCGGACCCAGAUCAGCCUAUGGAAUUGGAUAACCCACCAAUACCGGAAUCUCAAGAAUUGGCAGUUACUGAAACACAAGAAAUAUUAUCUGAUACAAAUGAUACAUCUGCUGCUGCUACCGCUGUUAAUGCUACUACUGCUAAUGCCACCGCUGCUGAUCCUACCACUACGAAUGCUACCAUUACUGAUACCACCACUGCUAACGCUACCAUUGCUGACACAUCGAUACCUUCAGAAUCUGGAGAAGCAUCGAAACUUAUAGAUCCGAGUCUGGGGAAGGAAGUAAUGACAGAUGUUAGAGUUUCGGGCUCAGAUGAAUCUAUGACAUUGGAUAACUCAUCAUUAUCGGAACCUCAAGCAUCUACAACAGAGUCAUUAAAAGUGGCGCCAAUUGCUUUCAAUAGAGAUAUCAAAGUAUUAAAUGCACCACAUAGUGAAGUACCAGCAACACAAAUUGAUCUACCGGAUUCCUUUUACGAAUUAACUCCAGCUGAGUUACAACAUCUCUUGGCACUCCAAAAAUCUAAGCGUCGUGCAGAAGAAAACACUGGAUUUAAGACGAAAGCUAUCCGAGAACAAGAAGAGAAAGCCAAAGAAAAAAAAUACCCAAAGUUUGUAAGGGAAUCUUUACGAACUCCCGAGCGCCCGUUUUAUUUAUAUACAAGCCCGCCGAAAAAUGUGCUUUCAGAUCAAGAGAUAAGUUUAUAUAAUGCGGAAUUAUCUCCUGCUUCAGUAGUGCACUUUAGCUGGACAGAAAAAUUCCAUAGUCUUGAACUCGAUGGACCUCCGUAUUUGAUUGACAAUUUGUUGGCAUUAGCUGAAGAUCUCACAACUAACGACACUGUCGGAACAAUUUCUAUAGCGGAAACGGAAGGAUCGUCGUCGGAAAAACACGUUAAGUAUAGUGGUGAUGAUCACCCUUCUGAUCCUUCCAAUCGGGAAAAAUACGUGACUAGAAAAAAAAAUCCAGAUCCUGAUGAAAGCGGCAGUAGAUCAUCGUCGGCCUCAAACACAAAGAUGCCAAAAUGGCUCCAGUUAGGCAAAAAGAAUAAAGGUAAUAAAUAA